UGCUCGCCAGCAACUUCAGUGGCUGCUCUACUGUCCGUGUGCUACUGUUUCCCACUGCGUGAAUUAUCGCCACCUCGCAGUGACCAGCAGCUCGUCAUAAAGCGCAGACUUUCCUCUUUAUAAUCUUGCAAGUUGGACACUCUAACACCAACUAUAUUCGUCGAAAAUCACACCUGAAGACAUGUCUGCUGACCAGUUGAUUCGUGCCCAGAACAGCCGCGUGCUCCAGGCCUUCCGCGCUAUUGGCGUUGUAGCCGACGAUGUCCCAAUCGUGUGGUACGGCAUGGGCAAGGCCAGCUUCGCCACGGCGUCGCUUGGCAAGUCUUUCGUCGUGUACAAUUGCGAUAAGCUCACACCCGUACUGGUGUCGCCCCAGCUACCAAAGCGCAUCGCGGCGUUGGCUGUGCAACCUAAGAAGCACCUGACAUUCACGGCUUGUGGACGGCAAAUCAUUGUGUGGAAGCGUGUGCAGCGCGUUAAGACGCUGCUGGGCCACAAGGGAACUAUCAAGCAGAUGAUGGCGGUGGGCAACGUCCUCUUCGCUCUUGACGACGAGCGAGACAUCAAAAUCUGGGAUCUCGACACAAUGGAACUCGUGGACACGCUAAGCUUCCCAGUGGGCUUUACACCGACCGUGAUGCUGCACCCGGACACUUAUCUGAACAAGGUUCUAGUGGGAUCAGAGCGAGGAGCUCUUCAGCUGUGGAAUAUCCGCAAGAUGAAGUGCAUUUACGAGUUCAAGGGAUGGGGAAGCGCCGUCACGGCACUGGAGCAGAGUCCUGCAGUGGACGUGGUGAGUAUCGGACUGGCCGAUGGCCGCCUUAUGGUGCAUCACCUGCAGCUGGACGAGCGUGUUCUGGACUUCAAGCAGGAUCAACAAAGCGGAAUAACAUCCAUGUCAUUCCGUACAGAUACAGGUGCUUCAACGACCCCAUUGGUGGUGUCUGGAUCGCGAUCGGGUGACAUUGCAGUGUGGAACCUGCAGACUAAACGUCUGGAGUCGGUUAUUGCGGGUGCUCACGACGGUGCUGUAGUCUCGCUGCAGUUCUUAGCGAACGAACCGUUGUUGCUGUCUUCGGGAACUGAUAACUCCAUCAAGAUGUGGAUUUUUGACCAUCUGAACGGAGGUACGGCUCGCCUACUCAAGUCUCGUGAAGGCCACCGUGCCCCGCCGACGCGUAUUCGCUACUACGGCAACAACACUCUAGCUACGAUGGCGGAUGGUGCUGACGGUACAUGCUGCCAGAUUCUAUCGGCCGGUCAGGAUCGUGCCUUCCGUGUGUUCCACACAGCUCGUGAACAGCAGAGCAGGGAGCUGUCCCAGGGUCCGGUCCUUAAGAAGGCUCGUAGCUUGAAUGUUCGCGUGGAGGACUUGAAGCUGCCGCCCAUUGUGCAGUUCGCUUCUAUGGAGACUCGUGCUCGUGACUGGGCAAAUGUCAUCACGUGCCACGAGAACGAGAUUGCUGCUUAUGUGUGGCGCUUCGAACACCGUGCUAUCGGCAAGAAGGUGCUUCGUCAGUUCGAUCCGACCAACCGCGUGCCGUCCGGAAGUGCUGAGGACUUGCGUCGUAAGAAGACACAGGCUAUAAGUGUUGCUAUCAGUUCCUGCGGUAACUACGCAUUUGUUGGCAGUCUGGGUGGAUCCAUCUUCCGAUACAACAUGCAGUCCGGUGAGAAGCGUGGCUCGUAUCCGGUAGCAGCGACGCCAAAGGAGAAGAUUAUUCGUUCGCUAGUGUUACCUGGCACGGACUUGUCUGCUCUGCAGGACGACGAGGCUGAUAAGACCGCUGCGGAUGUUCACAACGGACCAGUUAGCGCGGUGGCUGUCGACGCGCUGAACGAGACGCUGGUGUCUGCUGGUAUUGACGGGAAACUCAAGUUCUGGGGCUUUAAGAAGCACGAGCUACGCUAUGAGAUCGACGUUGGCUCUCCGAUUAGUCAGAUGGAGCUGCAUCGUGACAGCAACUUGCUCUGCGUGGCGUGUGACGACCAAGUUCUGCGUCUAUAUGACGUGACAACCCACAAGCUUGUACGUCGCUUUGCCGGUCACUCACACCGUGUGACGGACAUGACGUUCAGUUCGGAUGCUCGGUGGUUGUUCUCGUCUUCGGCUGAUGCUUCGUUGCGUGUGUGGGAUAUCCCGACGGGUAAGUGCGUCGACUGGAUGCGCUUCCAGAAGCCUGUGACUGGUCUGGCCGUGUCUCCGACGGGCGAGUUCCUCGCUACCACACACGUGAGCCACGUUGGCAUCUUCCUCUGGGCGAACCGAAGCUUCUUCACGGAGGUCUUCCUGGACUCAGAGCCAACGGAGCCCAUUCUUAUGGACAUGCCUGUGUCUCUCAACGAAGUGGAUAACAGCGACCAGCUCGGAUUCGGCACUGAACGCAACCCUCAACUGUCCGUAUCAAGUGUUGUUGAACAGCGACCAGGGAGUGUCAAGGUGGAAGGUGAAGAGAGCUCUGAGCCACUUGACACGUCGCUUAUUACUCUAUCAACCGCCCCGCGUGCUUUCUGGCAGUCGUUGUUCAACCUCGAACUUAUCAAGAAACGUAACAAGCCGAUUGAGCCUCCUAAGGCGCCCGAACAAGCUCCUUUCUUCCUUCAGACAGCACGCAAGGACGAUGUGCACCCGACUUUCGUACCUGUUGCGCCUGAAGCGAAGAAGGAGACGGAGAAAGACGAGAAAGACCUCGCUAUGGAUGGCUGGGGCGUUGGUGACGAUGACGAAGCGUGGGGUGAUGAUGAUGGCGAGGAACCAGAAGAUGAAGUGGCCACUCCUAGCUCACGUAUUGUCAAGACGGAGGGUAUGGUAACAACUCGCUGUAAACUGGCUACGCUGCUGGCUAAGGCUGUGCAGGAGGAGGAAGAUGAGGACCACACAGUCUCGCGCUUCAAUGAGGUGGCCAAGUACAUGCAGUCGUUGUCUGCGUCGGCAGUGGACGUUGAGAUGAGCACUUUGUGCAUGGGUGACUUUGACGAAGAGGGCAAGAAGCUGCUCAGUUGGUUCCUGGACUUCCUGCGUGAGGAGAUGCAGACACGUCGUGACUUCCAAGUGCUCCAGGCGUACUUGAACCGAUUUCUUAAGUUGCACGAGGAGCUGUUAGUAGCGGAUCCGGCAUUGCUGGCCCAGGUGGACGAGUUGGGUGCCGUGCAGCAGCAGCAGUGGCAACACCUGCAGAAAUUGUUGCACAAUAAUUUGUGUCUGGUGCAGUAUCUCAGUAAGAUCCAGAUGUAAGUUAAUGAGCGUGGCGUGGGAGUCACAUCAGCUGCUAGCUUACACUCAUACUCUCAAGAUGAACGCAUAGAUAAACGAACCAAUGCAUUUUUUGAUAGACUGGAC